GACAGAACCAUCUAGCCAAGUCUGAAGCGUAAAGACCACCAUAUCCACCAGAAGACCCAGGAUGGAUCUGUACCACAGUACUGCAGUCGGGCUCCCGGAGAAACCAUGGUCCAGUAAGACACCAUCUGGCUGCCGGAGACAUUAUAAUACUAGGAAAAAACUGAAGCUAAUCCGACUCAUUGGCCUUGUCAUGGGCCUGGUAGCUAUGAGCACUGUCCCGUUUUCAAUCAGUGCCUUUACCGAGACGGACACUCAGAGCAACACAGGAGAAGCCAGUGAUGUGAGUGGCCCUAGGGUAGCACAGGGUCACCGUCAAAGAACUCUCUUAGAUUUAAACGAUGAGAUUCAAGAUUACACUCCAGAGCCACCUGCUCCUCAGGAAGGCAAAGCUGAGAACAGCACUGGCCAUGCCCAGGGAGACUACCCAAAGGACAUCUUUUCCCUGGAGGAGCGCAGGAAAGGUGCUGUCAUCCUCCACGUCUGUGGGAUGGUCUACAUGUUUAUCGCCUUAGCCAUCGUCUGUGAUGAGUUCUUUGUUCCUUCCUUGACUGUCAUCACUGAAAAACUGGGCAUCUCUGACGAUGUGGCUGGAGCCACCUUCAUGGCUGCCGGCGGGUCAGCCCCAGAACUUUUCACGUCUCUUAUAGGGGUCUUCAUUGCUCACAGCAAUGUUGGCAUAGGCACCAUCGUAGGUUCAGCAGUGUUCAAUAUCCUCUUUGUUAUUGGCAUGUGUGCUCUGUUUUCUAGAGAAAUCUUAAACCUGACAUGGUGGCCACUCUUUCGGGAUGUGUCCUUCUACAUUGUUGACUUGAUCAUGUUGAUCAUAUUUUUCCUGGAUAACGUCAUCAUGUGGUGGGAAAGCUUACUCCUCUUAACAGCUUAUUUUGCUUAUGUGGUUUUCAUGAAGUUCAACGUUCAAGUAGAAAGAUGGGUGAAGCAAAUGAUAAAUCGCAAUAAAGUUGUCAAGGUGACAGCACCGGAAGCCCAAGCAAAGUCAUCUGCAGCAGGGGACAAGGAAGAGCCGGCUUUACCGGCUAAGCCGCGCCUCCAGCGUGGUGGAAGUUCUGCCUCCCUCCACAACAGUCUCAUGAGGAAUAGCAUCUUCCAGCUCAUGAUACACACCCUUGACCCACUCGCCGAAGAGCUUGGAUCAUAUGGAAAACUAAAAUAUUAUGACACAAUGACUGAAGAAGGGAGAUUCCGAGAAAAAGCUUCAAUUCUCCACAAGAUUGCCAAGAAGAAAUGCCAAGUGGAUGAGAAUGAGAGGCAGAACGGGGCUGCCAAUCAUGUGGAAAAAAUCGAACUUCCCAACAGCACGAGCACGGAGGUUGAAAUGACACCAUCAAGUGAAGCUUCGGAACCUGUGCAGAACGGAAACCUGUCCCACAGCAUUGAAGCUACAGAUGCCCCGCCAGCCACGGAGACUGCUGAGGAAGAGGAUGACCAGCCCCUCAGCCUGUCCUGGCCAUCCAAUGCCCGCAAGCAGGUCACAUUCCUGAUUGUUCUUCCCAUCGUGUUCCCUCUCUGGAUCACCUUACCUGAUGUUCGCAAACCUGCUUCCAGGAAGCUCUUCCCGGUCACCUUCUUUGGCUCCAUCACUUGGAUCGCAGUUUUCUCUUACCUUAUGGUGUGGUGGGCACAUCAGGUUGGAGAGACAAUCGGCAUUAGUGAAGAGAUCAUGGGUCUGACCAUCUUGGCUGCUGGAACCUCUAUCCCUGAUCUUAUCACCAGUGUCAUAGUGGCCAGGAAAGGACUGGGUGACAUGGCCGUGUCCAGCUCUGUUGGAAGCAAUAUCUUUGACAUCACUGUGGGGCUGCCCCUGCCCUGGCUCCUCUACACCAUCAUCCACAGAUUCAAGCCAGUGACUGUCAGCAGCAAUGGCCUCUUCUGCGCCAUCGUCCUCCUCUUCAUCAUGCUGCUGUUUGUCAUCCUCUCCAUUGCCCUCUGCAAAUGGCGGAUGAACAAAAUACUGGGUUUCAUCAUGUUUGGCCUCUACUUCGUGUUCCUGGUGGUCAGCGUCCUCCUGGAAGACAGAGUUCUCGAGUGCCCUGUCUCCAUCUAGUGGAAAAGCCAUAUCUUAAACCAACAGCAUGGAUGGUCCCUCCUGGCUCUGGGCUCCAGGCUCCUUGCAGUCUUGAGAAGAGGCAGCCUGUGCACAGCCUUGGGAGGCAAGCGGCCCCCCUUGGAGGGUUGGAGGAAGGAUGGAUUCUCAUGGGGCCAUUCACUUCCCAGGCACCUCACCCUUGCCUGCUGAAAUGAUUCCAUGUAAGAGACAAAGAGAACCGUCUCUCCAUCACCACUGACAGGUACUCCUCGCUGGUCGGAGGUACAUUCAUCGUGAUGACACAAAGGAGGACAGAGGCUAUACAUGCAUAUAAAUAUAAAUCCUAUAAAUACAUACA